UUUAAGUGACUCAGGAAGUGGAAGGCGGCCGCCUGACGGUGAAGGGAAAGUGGAACCGGGGCGGCGUGGGCCAGCAGCGGGCGACCGCGGUCUCGCCCGGCAGCGGGAGGCCGAGCGGCGCGCGGCGCGAGGGCCGACGGGGCGCGGGCGGCCGCACCGGAAGUGCCUAGCGGGGGCGGAAGCGCAGCGCUGCGCCGCGCGACGCCGCGCUGUGCAGGCCGAGGCAGGCGGAAGGCCCUGCGCUCCCUGCCCGGCAGGGGCUGCCGCGGCUCCCAGGCCCUGCUCUGAGACGCGGCGCGGCCCGGCCCAGCGCAGUAGGGCGGCAGCACCUCUCGGGAAGGGCACCCGGGAGCGAGGGAAAGGGGACGUGCAGAGCCGCGCCUAGAGAAAGCCCGGAGGCCUGGGCCGCGUCACUGCAGCCACAUGGCCUCCGGAGUGGGCGCGGCCUUCGAGGAGCUGCCUCCCGACGGCACGUGUGACGAGUGCGAGCCCGACGAGGCCCCGGGCGCCGAGGAGGUGUGUCGGGAAUGCGGCUUCUGUUACUGCCGCCGCCACGCCGAGGCGCACAAGCAGAAGUUCCUCACGCACCACCUGGCCGGCUAUGUCCAUGGCGCCCAGGCCUGGGCCCCGCCAGCUGGCGUCGAGGGGGCGGGGAAGGAAGAUGUCGAGGCCAAGGUGGAGGCCGACGGGGAAGUAGAAAGUGAGGCGGGGGAAGAGAGCGAGUCUGAGGAAGACAGUGAGUCGGAGGAAGAGAGUGAGACUGAGGAAGAGAGCGAGGAGGAGAGCGAGGAAGAGAGUGAAGAGGACAGCGAGGAGGAGAUGGAGGAUGAGCAAGAAAGCGAGGCGGAGGAAGACAACCAAGAAGGAGAAUCUGAGGCGGAAGGGGAAACUGAGGCAGAAAGCGAAUUUGACCCAGAAAUAGAAAUGGAGGCAGAGAGAGUGGCCAAGAGGAAGUGUCACCAUGGGCUCGAUUUGAGCACCUAUUGCCAGGAGGAUACGCAGCUCAUCUGUGUCCUGUGUCCAGUCAUUGGGGCUCACCAGGGCCACCAGCUCUCCACCCUAGAUGAAGCCUUCGAAGAGCUGAGAAGCAAAGACUCAGGCGGACUGAAGGCAGCUAUGAUAGAGUUGGUGGAAAGGUUAAAGUUCAAGAGCUCAGAUCCUAAAGUAACUCGGGACCAGAUGAAGAUAUUUAUUCAGCAAGAAUUUAAGAAAGUUCAGAAAGUGAUUGCUGAUGAGGAACAAAAGGCCCUUCAUCUAGUAGACAUCCAAGAAGCAAUGGCCACGGCUCAUGUGACUGAGAUACUGGCAGACAUCCAAUCCCAUAUGGAUAGGUUGAUGACUCAGAUGGCCCAGGCCAAGGAACAACUUGAUACCUCUAAUGAAUCAGCUGAGCCAAAGGCAGAGGGUGACGAGGAAGGACCCAGGUAAGAUUAAACUAUUGCUGCUAUCUGUUCUCAGAAUUGAGGUAAAGUGACAUUUGUGGCCUUUUAAUGCCCCAUGAAAUAGGGACAGCCAAGGAAUAGCACAGAAAAGGGAUCUUCAUCUUAAGCCAGGGCUUUAAAGAUCUUAUUUUGUAAGACUCCCAUCUCCUUCCCCAUCUGUGUCACUUCCUGCCUGUAACCUUCAGAUAAAGGUAGAUGUGUACAGGAUGUAAUGACAGUGACUGCUUUUUUUUUUCUCUUGGCAUUACUGGAGUUUGAAUUCAGGGCUUUGUGCUUCAAGUGCUUCACCACAUGAACCACACCUCCAGCCCUUUUUGCUUUAGGUUAUUUUUUAGAUAGGGACUUGUUUUUUGCCUGCAGCUGGUCUCCCUUGUAGCUGGGAUGGCAGGCAGAUACCACCACUUGGCUUGUUUUGUGAGAUGAGAGUAUCACUAACUUCUUGACUGAGCUGGCCUUGAACCUCAGUCCUCCUGAUGUCUACCUCCCUAGUAGCUGGGAUUACAGAAGAGAGAUAUUGCUCCCAGCUUGAAAUUGAAUAUUUUUUAAUGUGCUCUGGUCUAGUGAUCUUUAUUUCUGACCUAUAACAUCUUGCAGCUUACCCAAGACACCUAUAUAAUGAAUCCUAGGUCAUAGGUAUAUAAAACUUUGUUUAGGGGGAAAAAUGCUUUUGGGUUUCUUUGAAAUGCAAAGUACAUUUCAUUAUUGCCUCUGUCUUUCUGUGAACCUGGACUUUGGUUUACUUACUUUUUCUGUCAUUCUGCUCAAGCAGUAAGAACAGAUUGAAGUAAGUGCUGCAGCUGUGCCAUCAACACAGUCAAUGGAUAUUUGUACCAAUAAAAUGGAAUAGCCGGACAGGUCCUGUCUGUCACAUAGGCUUAAGAACUAAAGACUAGGGAAGUUUCAGAAGGCCCCUGUUACUCAAACUUUAUUUUUAGCAGAAGUACUUCCAUUUGUUUUCAAAUGAAUGUUAAAUAGAACUUCAGUGUGUAAAAACUAUUUUUUUUUGUAGUUAGAUUUAGGGCCACAUACAUUGGUGAAUCUUUUUUCUUCAUCCCAAUAGAUUCUGAGGAGCUUCUGCUCAAUAAUCUAGUUCAAGUCCCUUGUGAAAAGCUAAAUGAAUUAAUUGUCCAAGGUUGCCUUACUGGAGCCAGGAUCUGACUCUUUGGUUUUAUUUCAAAUCAACAAAUGUAGUUC